AUGGUGCCCAAAUACACCGUCUCGGACUCUGAUGACUCAGCGCAAAAUAAAUCGGCGCCCUCUGACAAAGAGCUCGAUCAAGCAUUGAGGGCGGAGGUGGGGCAGAAAUACAAUGAAAAGAACUACGAGGAGCUCACUGUGAAACGCGUCCGCCGUGCCGUGGAAGAGCAGCUGGGUCUUGAGCAGGGCUAUUUUAAGAAUACUGGUGACUGGAAGACUCGAAGCGAAGAGAUCAUCAAGGAUGAAUUUGAAAUACUUCGGACAAGCGCGCCCAACGGGGACGAGGAAAGUCAACAGACAAGCAACGAUACCGAACGCGACUCAUUACAUGCAGCAAGCCCGAAGACCAAGCGACAACAGCCGAAUACUGUGCCAGAGCCCAGAAAGCGCCAAAAGCUGCCAGCGCGGACUUCGAGAAAACAUAAUAAGCCAUCGCCCGAUGAAAGUGAGGAUGAGGUCACAGAGAAAGCAACAACGCGUGUAACGCCAGUGAAACAACCGCCCUCUGUCACGCGCAAGAAGCCAUCGCCUAAGCAGCUGGAUCAAGCACAGACGGAGGAAGAGAACGAGGACUCCAAUAAAAUGGCUGCAGAGGCACCCACAGUCGACUCUGAAAGCGAAAUGUCGGUAGUAUACGAUGAGGAGCCGAAGCCCAAACCCGCCCGCAACCGCAAAAGCAGUGAAGCUCCUUCGAAGAAACCUGCGCCAAAGAAGGGCGCUGUCAAGGGAAAAGAUGAAGACCUCGAUCCAGAUCAAGCCGAAAUCAAGCGGCUUCAAGGAUGGCUGGUCAAAUGCGGGAUUCGCAAGAUGUGGUGGCGGGAGCUUCAGCCGUACGAGACUCCAAAGGCAAAGAUCAAGCACUUGAAAGACAUGCUUGAGGACGUGGGAAUGAAAGGCCGAUACUCUCUGGACAAAGCCAGACAGAUUCGCGACGAACGAGAGCUAAAGGCCGACCUGGAGCAAAUCCAGCAAGGCGCAAAGCAGUGGGGAGCAGAGGACGAAGAAGGAGAGGAGAGCGGCGGACCAGCAAAACCUCGCCGUGCAGCGCGUGGGCGUCAAGCGCUAGCAUUUUUGGACAGCGAUGGAGAAGAAACCGACUGA